AUGCCAUAUACUUCACCAGUUAUUUGUGGUCAUAGAGGAUUUAAAGCUAAAUUUCCUGAAAAUACGCUUUUAGGAUUUGGCAAAUGUUUUCAAAAUGGAGGUACUAUAGUUGAAACAGAUACUUGGUUAACCAAAGAUCAAAUUCUUAUUAUUAGUCAUGAUAUUAGUACUAAGAGAGUUUUCAUUGAUAAAGAUGGUAAUGAAACUAAUUUUAUUAUUCCUGAACAAAAUUAUGAAGAUUUAAAAGAUUUAAAAACCAUUGAAGGUAAUCAACCAUUAAUUACAUUUAAACAAUUAUUAACUUGGUAUGUUAAUUUCAUUGAACAUGAACUGGAAGAUAUUGAUGCUGAUGAAAAAUUUAAAAUCAUGUUAGAUAUUAAACCAUUGAAUCCACCUAAGAUAUUAAGAUUUAUUAUAAAGGAUUUAUUAUCAGUUAAAAAUGAUUUAAAUUGGUGGUUAAAUAAAGUUCAAUUUGGAGUUUGGGAUUUAAAUUUUAUCAAAUUUUUUAAUCAAGAUUCAUAUUUUCAAGAUCUUUUUUAUAAUCAAGAAUUUAAUAAUAAAUAUGGAUUUAACCAUUUUGAUAUUAUUAAUAUUAGUGGAAGUUGGAGAAGAUCAAUUCAAUAUAUUAAUUAUAAUUUUUAUUUAGAUUCUUUAAAAGCUAAAAAGGGAGGGGAAGAACGAAGUUAUUUUAAAAUCACUGGUAUUUCAUUAUUAUAUUUCCUGACUUGGUCGACUGAAUUCUUAACCAAAUUUAUCCCCCUUUUAAAAUUACAAAAUUUAAAGUUUUAUAGUUGGACAAUUAAUACUACUGAACAAUUUGAUUAUGUGAAUUCAAUUGGUAGAGUGGCCAAAUUACCCGAAUAUGGAGUUAUAAGUGAUUAUCCUGAUGUAAUGUAUCAACAUAAAUUAUCACUUGAACAAGAAUCAGAAGUUAAUCCAUUAGAUGAAUCUAAAGUUGGUAGUGGAGCUUUUGAAUAUUAUGAUGAAAAUGGAGAUUUAUCAAUUAAAUUAACUUAUAGACAAUUCUUUAUAAGUUGGUUAUUUCAUACAUUUAUACUGAUCACCAAUCCAAAUGCUAAUAAAAAAGUUGGAUUAGAUGAUGAUGAUAAAUUUAGUUCUAUAGUUAAAGAAGAUGAAAUUAUUAAAAUUAAACCAAAUCCAUUUUCAGUUUGGGUUUUUGCUACUUUACAACAUUUUGGUAUUUGUUAG